AUGAUGCGACUAAGCAAGUCGCGUGCCCAACAGCCUGCCACCAAGGGCUUCAGGCGAGUCUUCCAUAGUCCAAAAAAGCGACGCAACAGUUGUAAAACCUCAACACAGGUCACAUAUCUCGGACAAGUGGAUAAACUUUGUCGUGUGCAGGAAGUUCUGGCCAGACUUCUGGCAGACCCUGGGGAGGAGGAAGACGAUGAAGGGGGAGAUGAAUGUGAGGGAAGCAUGGAGGUUCCAGGAGAUCUGGGCAACUCAGGGUCGGGCUUCGCUUGGGGGGAAGGGGACAGGGAUGGGGACGGGGAUGACUUCUCCAUGCCAGAUAAUGGGAUAGACGUGGACUUGUGUCCUAGCACCCCUCAAAAAUCCGAUCCGAUACCACCAAAGACGCCCAUUCCUGCAAAAGUACAACGCACUGGCCCAGAUGCAGAGGCCAACCUCCUUUACCAGCAGUGGCAGGCUCUCAUUCCCCGCCUCGUGUCCCCGUUCCUUUCCUUCAUCUCAGCUACCCAUGGAAAAAAGACCUUUCCCCUCAAUGGGCCAUUCUUAUACAUCCUUCUGGCAGAUUUUGACACUUUCGAGGUCACUAGUUGUGAAUGUCAGGACAUUAUGGAAACCCUCAUCCUUCAUGGUCUCUUUCCGACAUCGCCCACCCAACCCUGGAUGGCUGUAUCCAUUAUUCUCAUACAACACUACAACACUCUUUUUGAAUGUGCAUGGGAUGCUGUAUACGCAUAUUCUCAUGCUGUCAACCUAGUUUAUGGAUGCCGAGGAUUUGUCCACCGCAACUAUCAGGGGGAGAUCAUUCAGGACGCCUUCCGUCAAGGCCUAGGUCAUGCCAUUCAGUGGUAUGACAGCCUGCAAGUUCAGAUUGAACAAGAACUCAAAGCAGCGACUGUGGCUGGUGACGCCACCACUCCUUGCUCCUCGGAAACCAACCUGGCUACCAUCACCACCCCUGAGGCACCCAUACCCAAACAGUUGACCCCUGAUUACAGUCUAGCAGAACCUCCUCUGUCCCUUGUCAAGUUGACUCCUGAUGACAGCCCACCCGAACAUCCUGUGCCCCUUGUCGAGUGCGCGAGGGUUCUACAGCAACGCUGUCCAGCUUGCUUUGGAUUGCGGACGUUUGGGUGUUCGGGAGCAAUGUAUGUAUAG